UUAUGCUGUGUUGAUAUAAGUAAUCGUCCAAAUGUUAGGAUUAUAAGCACCAUAGUGUAAUAGACGAAAACAAUAACGUUGCCUCAUGCCAAAGUUGAUGUAUAUUUAACAAAAAAACACCAUUAUAAAUUUUCAUUUACAUGCAACUUUUUUUUAGGCUAAGAGAUUUACAUGCAAUAUUGAUUCCUAUUGAACGUUAGUAAUGUAAUAUUUAAAAGGAAACCACAGAUAGUGGUGACUGGUGUAACACGGUGCAUGUCAGCAAAAAUGACGUUGUAGUGAAUCUUGACCUGUUCGUCUCGGAGUUUACGCUCUACUUUUCCUGAAAUUUCCAUACUAUUUUUCAUUUUAAAAUGUUUAAUCACUCGAAAUCCGUGAAGUCGAAGCAACCGAACAGAGAAGGAGAAAAAAACAACGGUCGUGGGGCUUCACUCUAAUCAUUGCGUUGAUCUGUAAAACAAAAGUUUUACACUAGUCUUGUCUGAAAAAACUUCCAAUAUCUUUCUAUUGUUCUGUUCCUUUCUAACCUCUCAUCUCUCUCUAUCUAUUUAUCAAGGCAGCCAUGGCCGACGAUCAUUCUUUACUCUCCAAGGAUAGUUUUGUCAUGAAGCUUCCUAAACAGUCCUCACUUGUAUUAAGAAUGGUCGUUCUCUUCUUUGUAAUGGUGUGCACUGUGUACAUUUGCUCGAUUUGUCUCAAGCAAAUUGGAGUCAGCCCAAACUAUGGUUUCUUGAACGUUGAAGUCUUUGAGAGGCCUUGUCCUGAGCCUAACAUCGAGCCAUGGGACAUUCCAUUCCUGCAUUACCCUAAACCAAACACAUAUAACAGGGACGAAUGUUCUUGCCAACCGGUUAGGUACUUUGCGAUUAUCUCCAUGCAGAGAUCUGGUAGUGGCUGGUUUGAGACUUUACUUAACAAUCAUACUAACAUAAGCUCCAACGGAGAGAUCUUUUCUAAUAAAGAUAGGAGGGCUAAUGUUUCAACCAUUUUCGAGACACUUGACAAAGUCUAUAACCUAGACUGGUUAAGUAGUGCCUCUAAGAAUGAGUGUACUUCCGCUGUUGGCUUCAAGUGGAUGCUUAAUCAGGGUCUGAUGAAACACCAUGAAGAAAUAGUAGAAUACUUCAAAACCAGAGGCGUCUCUUCAAUUUUUCUCUUCAGAAGAAACUUACUACGCCGCAUGAUAUCAGUACUCGCGAACACUUAUGACAGAGACGCUAAGCUAUUAAACGGGACUCACAAGUCUCACGUCCAUUCUCCCAAAGAAGCUGAGAUACUUGCGGGUUACAAGCCAAUGGUCAACACAACACUUUUGUUAACAGAGCUGAAGAAGAUACAAGAAACGACUCUGAAAGCAUUGGCUUACUUUAAUACCACUCGACAUAUCCUUUUGCAUUACGAAGAUGUUGUGGAGAAGCGCAUUGUGAGACUAGACGAUGUACAAGAGUUUCUUAAGGUCCCAAAACGUGAGUUAAAGAGUCGGCAAGUGAAGAUUCAUCUUGGUUCAUUGUCACAACAUGUACAGAACUGGGAAGAGGUUCAAACCACACUAAAAGGAACCAGUUUCGAAAACUUCUUACGCCAAGAUUUUUAAGUUUAAUUAGUACAUACAUCAGAACAACCUUGUAGGAAAUGUUUUUGGUCAGUUUUGUUUUUCUUUUUGCAGUCAGUUUUAUUUA